GGCGGGUGGGGAUGCUGCUCGGAGGAGGCGAUGUUUGCAGGCUGCCGUGACCCCCUUUCUAACAACACGUAAAGAAUUGAAAAGCAACCUUCCCACAUUAUCAAAGCGGCGCAAAGACGCGGACGUGCGGCGAUGUCGGGACGUCAAUUUGGGUUGCAAGUGGGAGAAAUGUGCAAACUUUUCAUAUGCGCGCGCAGAGAGCAUGCAGCCGAGAGCGCAACAGGCUGCGCACUUUGAGGUUUGACGGCAGGAAGAAUUUGAACAAAUCCAUCAUUUGGAACAGAGAGAAAGUUGUUUUUUUUUUUUUUUUUUUUGGUGUUCUUCUCACGGCCAGGAUCCUCGAGAUGGCUUUGAGGCUGGAUGAGAGCGGCGGAGAGACCCUGGCCAGCCUGUUUUUGACUUGUGUCACCCUUCUGCUGAGCUUCCAAGUGUGUCGGCGGCUCCUGCGGCGCUCGGCUGUGCGCGUGCCGGGCCCCUUCGCCUGGCCCAUCGUCGGCAACGCGGCGCAACUGGGCAAAGCGCCGCACCUGUAUUUCAUGCGCAUGGCCGAGAAAUACGGCGACAUUUUCCAGAUUCAAUUAGGCUGCCGGAGCGUGGUGGUCCUGAACGGGGACGCCAUCAAGCAGGCGUUGAUCAAACAGGGCUCGGAGUUUGCCGGCAGACCCGAUUUCACUUCGUUCCAGCUCAUCUCCAACGGGGACGGGUUCGCCUUCGCCACCACGUCGGACUGGUGGAAGGUGCACCGCAGGGUGGCCCAUUCCGCGGUGAGGAUGUUCUCCACGGGGAACCGGCUGACCAAGAAGACGUUCGAGCGGCACAUCCUUUGUGAAUUUAAAGAGCUCCUGCAGCUUUUCGUGUGCAAGACCGAGCAGCAGCGGUUCUUCGUGGCCCUGGAGUACCUGGUGGUGUCCACGGCCAACACGAUGAGCGCGGUGUGCUUCGGAAAGAGGUACUUUUACGAGGACGAGGAGUUCCGCCAGGUGGUGGGUAGGAACAACCAGUUCACGGAGACUGUGGGCGCGGGGAGCAUCGUGGACGUGAUGCCCUGGCUCCAGUACUUUCCCAACCCCAUCAAAACCAUGUUUGACAACUUCAAGACGCUCAACCGGGAGUUCAACACCUUUAUUCAGGAUAAGGUGAUGGCGCACAGGAAGACGUUUCAGUCGGGCGCCAUCAGGGACAUGACCGAUGCUUUGAUUGCGGCCUUGGACAAAAUCAGUGAGAAAACUGGCUCCCCAUCGGUGAAGGACUAUGUGCCCGCCACUGUUUCAGAUAUCUUCGGAGCAAGUCAAGAUACGUUGUCAACAAUGCUGCAGUGGCUCAUUCUCAUCCUAGUCAAGUAUCCGGACAUGCAGGUGCGUCUCCAAGAGGAAGUGGACAAAGUAGUGGACCGCAGUCGCCUCCCCUCCAUCGAGGACCAGCCCUUGCUGCCUUAUGUCAUGGCCUUCAUCUACGAGGUGAUGCGCUUCACCAGCUUCGUGCCGCUCACCAUCCCUCACUACACUACCAAAGACACCUCCAUCGGUGGUUACACCAUCCCACAGAACACAGUCGUUUUUGUAAACCAGUGGUCCUCCAAUCACAAUCCCGCCCUUUGGACAAAGCCUGAGAUAUUUGACCCGCAGCGUUUCCUGCACCCCAGUGGUGACCUGAACAAGGACAUGUGCAGUUCCGUGCUCAUCUUCUCUCUGGGUAAGCGGCGCUGUAUUGGAGAGGAGCUGGCCAAGAUUCAGAUUUUCCUCUUCACAUCGCUUCUGGCUCACCAGUGCCAUAUAAGCACAGACCCUGCCAGGCCGCCUGACCUCGGCUACACCUACGGUCUGACUCUCAAACCAAACGCUUUCUCCAUAGCCGUGUCUCUGCGGGAUAACAUGAGGCUGCUCGAAGAGGUGACCAGCCAGGUUUUACCCGAGGACAUCAAGGCACAGCCCUCAGACUCUUAAAAAAAUGAAUAUAAACAAAGACAAAAAAGGACACAAAAGAACUGAAAAUAUUUAUGAGAUGAAAUGUCAAGUUCAGCAAAACAUGUCAGCCAUGUGUUCACUUUAUGGCUUCAAGUUGUUUUAGAAUGAAGACGUUAUCACACAUGGAAAACCUAUCAUGAAUAUACGUACUAUAGUGCCAGUCAGAGACAUAACACGGGACAUAUUCACAUUUGGGGCAGGCACGGAAAGUCACUUUCUUCAUUCAUCUAAGUAGAGGACUGCAUCAUUAAUCCUAACCAGAUUUCAGAUGGAGCUACAUUGAGGCUGAAGUAACGAUGUGUGGACAUCAUGGUGGCAUCCUGCUGUCGGGAUUCAAACAGGUUCUCAUUUAAUAUAACAUUCCUGUUAAACAAUGACUCGGUGCACAACCGGGCAACUAAGCUCAUCGAGCGGUUCAGCCCUAAAAACAUAUGCCGGUAUGUGUAACUUUGGACUUUCAAGAUAGCCAUUCAGGGGUAAGGCAGAUGUAAUACCAAAUAAUACAAAUAAUACACAGUGAAAGCUAAUGUACAUGCAAGAGUUACUUGUGAGCUGUUGUAUGCAUGCACCAAUUAAUAGACCUACAUUAGGUCAUGACAACUUUUGUUGAUAUUUACUAUAGUAACAAUACAGCCAAUGUGAGUGUUUUUUUUUUUUUUGCUUAGUGUUCCAACUACAGUUAUGAUGUGGGAUUUAAAGCCAGAGUGAUAGCGGUAACUUGCAAUUUUGUUUACUGACAAAAGAUGUACGCGCUGAACAUUGUCUACACAACUAAUGUUGUCUUGCAAAACAUAUAUCAGUCUGUACGAUAUAUAUAAAUAUAUAUAUAUAUAUAUAUAUAUAUAUAUAUAUAUAUAUAUAUACACACACACACACACACACACACACAUACACACACAGUGGGUACGGAAAGUAUUCAGGCCCCCUUAAAAUUUUCACUCUUUGUUAUAUUGCAGCCAUUUGCUAAAAUCAUUUAAGUGAAAAUUUUACCCCUCAAUGUACACAGAGCACUUGAUAUUGACAGAAAAAAGGGAAUUGUUGAAAUUGUUGCACAUUUAUUAAAAAAGAAAAACUGAAAUAUCACACAGCCAUAAGUAUUCAGACCCUUUGCUCAGUAUUUCGUAGAAGCACUCGUUUGAGCUAAUACAGCCAUGAGUCUUUUUGGGAAAGAUGCAACAGGUUUUUCACACCUAGAUUUGGGGAUCCUCAGCCAUUCCUCCUUGCAGAUCCACUACAGUUCUGUCAGGUUGGAUGGUGAACGUUGGUGGACAGCCAUUUUCAGGUCUCACCAGUGUUUCUCAAUUGGGUUCUGGCUAGGCCAUUCAACAACAGUCACAGAGUUGUUCUCAAGCCACUCCUUCGUUAUUUUAGCUGUGUGCUUAGGGUCAUUGUCUUUUUGUAAGGUGAACCGUCUGCCCAGUCUGAGUUCCUGAGCACUCUAGAGAAGGUUUUCAUCCAGGAUAUCCCUGUACUUGGCCACAUUCAUCUGUCCUUCAAUUGCAACUGGUCGUCCUGUCCUUGCAGCUGACAAACACCCCCACAGCAUGAUGCUGCCACCACCAUGCUUCACUGUUGGGACUGUAUUGGACAGGUGAUGAGCAGUGCCUGGUUUUCUCCACACAUGCCACUUAGAAUUAAGGCCAACAAUUUCUAUCUUGGUCUCAUCAGACCAGAGAAUCUUAUUUCUCACCAUCUUGGAGUCCUUCAGGUGUUUGUUAGCAAACUCCAUGCGGGCUUUCAUGUGUCUUGCACUGAGGAGAGGCUUCCGUCGGGCCACUCUGCCAUAAAGCCCCGAUUGGUUUAGGGCUGCAGUGAUGGUUGACUUUCUAGAACUUUCUCCCAGCUCCUGACUGCAUCUCUGGAGCUCAGCCACAGUGAUCUUUGGGUUCUUCUUUACCUCUCUCACCAAGGCUCUUCUCCCCCGAUUGCUCAGUUUGGCGGACGGCCAGCUCUAGGAAGGGUUCUGGUCGUCCCAAACAUCUUCCAUUUCAGGAUUAUGGAGGCCACUAUGCUCUUAGGAACCUUAAGUGCAGCAGAAAUGUUUUUGUAACCUUGGCCAGAUCUGUGCCUUGCCACAAUUCUGUCUCUGAGCUCUUCAGGCAGUUCCUUUGACCUCAUGAUUCUCAUUUGCUCUGACGUGCACUGUGAGCUGUAAGCUCUUAUAUAGACAGGUGUGUGGCUUUCCAAAUCAAGUCCAAUCAGUAUAAUCAAACACAGCUGGACUCCAAUGAAGGUGUACAACCAUUUCAAGGAUGAUCAGAAGAAAUGGACAAUAUAUGAGUGUCACAUCAAAGGGUCUGAAUACUUAUGGCUGUGUGAUAUUUCAGUUUUUCUUCUUUAAUAAAUCUGCAGAAAUUUCAACAAUUAAGUUUUUUUUCUGUCAAUAUGGGGUACUGUGUGUAUAUUAUUGAGGAAAAAAAAUUGACAAAUUAUUUAAGCAAAUGGCUGCAAUACAACAAAGAGUGAACAUUUUUAGGGGGUUUCAAUACUUUCCGUACCCACUGUACACACAAUCACACACACACACACACACACACACACACACACACGCACACAUAUAUGAAAUAACUUUAUUCAGGGUUAUUUAGAGGCACUUGUAAUGGUGGCAGGUGUGUCCUGACUCCCAUUUAACACGAGUUCGGAUGUGAUUGGUUAAUUCUGAACACAGGCACAUCCUCAGUUAUAAGAGGGUGCUGCACAAUUUGGCAACCACAUUAUUGUAUCUUCAGUUUAUUUUUACUCUUCCUCACGAAAAAUAAUUUUUUUCUCAGUAGAUUUGAUAAAUUAUACGUCAUAUUAAUGGUGGACAAACUUUUUUUUCAUGAUUUAUUUUGGUCUAUUUUUUUUAAUGUCACAAAAAUCUGGCAUUUGUACAGGCGUGUGUAGACUUUUUAUAUCCAUUGUCUGUGUCUCACUCACAAAAUACAUUUUGAUUUUGUGAGACCUGCAGAAAUGCUUUCAGUUUGAUGGAUGUUUUGGUUUUAUACUUAUUGCUUUUCUACAACCCCAAUUCCAAUGAACUUGGGAUGUUGCGUUUCACAUAAAUAGAAACAGAAUACAAUGAUUUGCAAAUCCUGUUCGACCUAUAUUUAAUUGAAUACACUACAAAGACAAGAUAUUUAAUGUUCAAACUGAUAAACUUGAUUGUUUUUAGCAAAUAAUCAUUAACUUAGAAUUUUAUGGCUGCAACAAGUUCCAAAAACGUUUUGAUGCAGUUCCGCCUGAGGGAUCAAAGGUCACGGGCAUUCAAUGUUGGUUUUCGGCCAUAACCCUAACCCUAACCCGACAUGCAGUGAUUUCUCCAGAUUCUCUGAACCUUUUGAUGAUAUUGUGGACCGUAGAUGAUGAAAUCCCUAAAUUCCUUGCAAUUGUACGUUGAGGAACAUUGUCCUUAAACUGUUCGACUAUUUUCUCACGCACUUGUUCACAAAGAGGUGAACCUCGCCCCAUCUUUGCUUGUGAAUGACUGAGCAAUUCAGGGAAGCUCCUUUUAUACCCAAUCAUGACACCCACCUGUUCCCAAUUAGCCUGUUCACCUGUGGGAUCUUCCAACCAGGUGUUUGAUGAGCAUUCCUCAACUUUCUCAGUCUUUUUUGCCACCUGUCCCAGCUUUUUGGGAAUGUGUUGCAGCCAUACAAUUCUAAGUUAAUGAUUAUUUGUUAAAAACAAUCAGGUUCAUCAGUUUGAACAUUAAAUAUCUUGUCUUUGUAUUGUAUGCAAUUAAAUAUAGGUUGAAUAUGAUUCGUAAAUAUUGUAUUCUGUUUUUAUGUAUGUUUAACACAACGUCCCAACUUCAUUGGAAUUGGGGUUGUACUUGCGUAUAGCCUCCUGACUAAUGUUUUCCAGAUACAAAUCUGGCUUUUUCAUGAUCAUGAUGGGUAGGUGUUCUUCCCAAAAUGUUUCAUUAAAUACCGAUUAAAUUAUUUCCUAAAUUCCCUAUUUAAUUUUUCAAAAAUUAUUGUAAAAUCUUAUUUUCCAAUUGGAAAUACUCCCUGGAAAUCUUGUCAACCUUUUAAUCCUGAAAUUAAACCAGCCAUAUAGUGAGUGAGAAUAAACUCAUGACAAAGAGAAUGAAACCAUCAUCCAAAGAGAAAAGCAUUUUAUAUACUGUGAAGUCAAAUGCACUUUCUAUCUCAUUAAACCAGAUGGUGUAAUUUUACAUUCCACCAACAGCAACAAAUUACAAAUUGUUUCUCAAAGAAGUGUUCAAUGGUGCAAAUACUGCACAACCAACAAAUGACUACUUGAAAGUCGUUUUCAAAGGAAAAGGGACCAUUUAUCCAAUCAAGAAAAGGUGUUUAGAACUGCUAGAGUCUCAUGGUCUGGCAUGCAGUUGUGAUUUAUAUUUUAGUAUACAAAAAGUGCACACAAAAAAAAAAAAAACAACAACAACAAUGUACUGUAUCUAGAAUUGCCCCCUCUCACCUUCAUUACCAUCACUCAAAUCAAGUUAGGUACGGACAAAGGGGAAGUGUUUGGGUGAUGCUUUUCCCUGCGCAGCUGUUAUCUCUGUUUGCCAGAACAUCCUGUCCUUGAUCAGUUAGAAACCCGCAGACUGCAUAACAAAGUGAAAUAAAAGUACAGUAGAUGAUUACUGAUAAGCUUGUCAACAUGCUCCUUACAUCACAAGCACGUCCAAGAUGAAGACUUCCCGGUGCCUCAGUUAUCACAGCUUGCAAACCAUAAUGUUAAGAAUGAAAACACACCAUGUUUAGCACUUAUAUGUGCAGAGUUGCCAGCUGAGAAACGGAAGUCAAGAUAAAGACUGCAAGGUCCCUCAUGCCAAUGCAUUUCUUAACUGUGACAGACGUGACUAAACCUGCUGAGAAAAGAUUAAAUAUUGCACAGAAGUGUUAGAUGUCAUUAAAGCUUUCUACUGUCAAGACUGCAUUAACAAGAUUAGCUAGAGCCUCCACACUUAAUCUGAGAUUUUUCUUUGGGGAGACAAACGAUUCACAGGUAAGCAAAACAUUCACAGGUUGUGUAACUUUAAAGUGUGCUUUAGUACACAGAUAUUAAUGAAUGUUCCAAGUGUAGAGUAUUAGUAAUACAGUAGUCGUAGUAGUAGUAGUACAAGUCGCAGGCGUUUGGACCGAUGGAGCAAAACAUGUUCAUGAACACAUGCAAUCAUCAUUUGAUAUCUUUUGAAAUCAGAAAGGUUCUUGACAAAAUCACUAAAAAUGUUGCAGCAAAACUUGCCAUUGAAUUAACACUAGAACUACCAAGACAGUCAUUGUGACUGCUUUCAAAUGUCAUAACUUGGUUUGAAAAAAAAAACCCUAUGUACCAAUAGGACCCUGACCUUUCCUAAAUGUGUGUAUAUUUUAUUCUAACAUUGUUUUAUCAUUAAAAAUG